AUGCGAUUAGACGAUACGAAACAUAAAGUUUACAUCUACGACCUGGACAAAGAACUCGAGGAGAUUGAGUCAUCGGACGACGAAAAUAAACUGGUCUUUUUACCAGAUAUCGAGAAGCGCCUCUUAAACAGGCGCAUACCCUCAUCUAUCCUCGCGAAUAAGGAUGGCGAGCUAGCGGGAAUGAACCAAAGCCAGGCCAUGGUAUUAUACGACAUCCCACACUCACUGACUUUAACAGACGAGAAAGACAGUGUGAGGAAAGCUAUCCUUGAGUCCAGGCGCAGGGCACAGGAGGAGCUGGCGGUAGGCCGACCAGAAGACCAUGAAGAAACACCAGGAAUACUAGCGGAUCAGUCGGCUUCUAAGCCUCUAGUUUCCGCCCGUCCUCUCACUAACAAUAACGUUGUUAUUGGCCCAACUGUAGAGCCUAUGGCCGUAGAAGAGGGCGAGGCUGUUGUCAUGGACCUCGAUUGA